AUGUACAACGACGAUUAUCAGAGACGCGAUCCGUAAGUCAUUUUUAUACAGACCUGUUUAUCAAAGAAAAUAAAUGUAUGAUUUCAGAAGAGCCGACCCGCCAAACAAACGUUAUCGUCGUGAUGAUGAUGCGGAUCCAACGAAUCCAAAUCCUUCGUUAGUUGUUCAUAUUCGUAAUUUGAAUCCGAAAGCAACUGAAGCUGACUUGCUUGAAGCUCUUAGUUCUUUCGGACCAAUUGCGUAUGCAACUUGUAUUCCAUAUUCUCGAAUGGCACUUGUUGAAUUUGAAGAUAUUGAAAGUGCCAAAGCCUGUGUUCACUACGCUCAAAGCAGUCAAAUAAAUGUAGGAGGACAGGUAAUUCAAUUUUUCGAAUAGAUUCAGCAUCGAGUUUGUCUUGUAUUUAGGUUGCUCAAUUCAAUUUUUCAACAUCAUUAUGUAUUGAAAGAAUGGGGUUCGAACAAGCAAAUCCAAACAAAGUUCUUGUUUUGACUGUUCUCAAUGCAGUAUAUCCAAUUGAUGCCGAUGUUAUUCAUCAGAUUUGUCGUCCACAUGGCGAUGUUGUUCGUAUUGCAGUAAUGCAUAAACCAACAAUUGUACAAGCUCUUGUUGAAUAUCCAAAUUCUGAAGUAGCAAAAUCGGCAAAACAUGCUAUGAAUGGAGCCGAUAUCUAUUCUGGUUGUUGUACAUUGAAAGUCGAAUUUGCGAGAGUGAGUUAAAAACAUUAAUUUGCGAACAAUUGAUAUGUACAAUGGAAUCAUCAAGUUUCACAGAGAAAAUACAUAUUUAGAAAGGAAAGUUUAUAUAUAAACUUUCAUACCGAAAGAGAUAUAAUUCACAUCGAAACAUGUUUUUUUUGUAUUUUUUCAAUAAAAAAACAAAAACAAAUCGAAUUAAUUCAGCCGGACACAGUACGAGUUACACGACAAGACAAAGAUCAACGCGACUUCACACUUCCACAAACCAGUUCGUUACUUAUUAUACAAUUUUCAAACAUAAAAAAAUACAAUUUGUGUGGUAUCAAACAAUUCUGAUGUUUCAAUUGAAAAAUGCACAAUCAAGAAUAUUCUGGGCAUUACUCAUUUUACAAACAACAGAAAUAGAUACAACAUCAACUAUAUAUGGAAUUUUCUAGAACUUUUUCAAAAAUAUCUAAAUUUUGGACUUGAAAGGGACAAUUUCCAACAAUUACAGAAAUUUUUCAAUGUUUCUCAUACAUUUUGUUUGUAUCCGUAAUUAGAAAUACAGAAAAUCCAAAGUUCACAUUUUGUAUGUUUCUAUUCUAAUUCUACAAAUCAUCCCUUUUCAAAAAAAAACGAUUUUUUUGCAGUAGUAGAUAUGGAUGGACCAUCCAGAAAACCACUCAUUGAAGACGGACCGAUCACUGAUCCUUGUAAGUUAGAAUAUUUUCAAUAACAAUUCUCAUGUUCUUUUUUAGAUUACGCGAAUGCUAGAAAUGAUUAUGGAAUAGAUCGUGAUGAUCGUUAUAAUCAUUCUGUUCCUCAACAAUAUCCACCAUCUGAUUAUCCACAACAUCAACCACGUGGUGGACGUGAAUAUGAUGAUCGAUUUGAUAAUGGACAACCAACUCAAGGUGGACCUGGAUGUGUUAUGAUGAUUUAUGGUUUAGAUCACGAAAAAAUCAAUUGUGAAAAAUUGUUCAAUGUUUUGUGUCUAUAUGGAAAUGUUUUGAGAGUAAGAUAACAUCCAGAAGUUAUCUAGAAAAAUUCAUUUUAUUUUCAGAUUUCUUUUAUGAGAACAAAAACGGAAACUGGAAUGAUUGAAAUGGGUCAAUCGCGUGAGCGACAAAAUGUUCUCGAUUAUUUGGGAAAUUUUGAGAUGUUUGGUCUUACAUUGGAAUUCAAACCAAGUCAUCAAGAAUGUGUUCACACUUUGAGAGAUCCAUUUAAUCUUCCGGAUGGUUCACCAUCAUUCAGAGAUUUCACAUCAUCAAGAAAUCAGAGAUUUUCAACACCAGAAUUUGCACAGAAAAAUCGAAUUGUUGCACCAACAAAUGUUUUGCAUUGGUUUAAUGCACCUGGAACAAUGGAUGAAGAAACUUUGACGAAAAUGAUUGCGGAAAAAACUGAACACAAAGCACUCAAAAUCGAGAUUUUCCCAUCGAGAAAUGAAAGAAGUGCAGCAGGAACUGCUGAAUUUGAGAAUGUUCAGAUUGCUAACGAAGUUUUGGCAUUGGUUAAUCAUACACCAGUUGAUAGUCCAUACGGAAGUGUAAGUUGAUUUUGAAAAUGAGAAUUCAAAAAUAAGAUAUAACAAUUUUCAGGCUCCGUUCAUUGUAAAAUGGGCAUAUGCAACACCAAGAAGAUGGGAAGGUUCAGAAGCACCACCACCAAGACAACCAAUCAAAAGAAGAUUUGAAGAUGAUGAUCGUAGAAGUGAACAUAUUCAACCUGCUGAAAGAAGUUAGUUUAAAAUAUAAAUACCUUGAAAAACAAUAUAAAAUAAUUUUUCUAGCAUUCCGUCGUGAUUUUGACAGUUCUCGUGGAGGUGGAUUCCGUGGAGGUUUUCGAGGCGGAUCUCGUGGAUUUGCCCCUCGUGGACGUGGAUCUUAUAGUGAUCGUGGAAGUUUCCGAGGAUCUUCUCGUGGUCGAUUCAAUAAUGAUUAUUAA